AUGGCAAAUGUUCUCGGAAGACGUGACAACAGUGUGCAGUUAAACGACGUCCCGAAUCCAAUGGUAUCUGUGAACCCAAAACUCUUCACUUCUGAAGACGUGGUUGUUCCAGAUUUAUAUCAAUUAGAGAAUGAAGAAGAGCGCCGACACAUGUAUCAAGUUUCGGAGGAACCAAUGGAUGACCUUCUGGAAUCGCCGACUUCGUCGAACGGGAUGGAAAAAUCAACGUUGCUGCAGAAUCCGAACGAGUCGCUCGUCAACGAGCUACUAAACUGGGAAAUGCCAGUGCCAGUGCAAAAGGAAACGGUGUCCGAUGAUGUGGAAAUGAAAGAGGUUGAGGAUCGGAAGAAAGCGGAGAAAGCUGAGAAAGCCGGAGGAGCCGAAAGAGUAGAGGAAGGGGUUGCUACGGAAGCUGAGAAGAGCACCAAGGUAAGAAUGGUGUGGGAAAAACAGUGCUGUGCAGAAGAAGAUGAGGAAGCAAGAAAGGAAGCACUGGCUAAUUUGAUGAAAUAUGCCAAAGGAUCAUUGAUUCAUUUGGAAGGAAUUUUAAAACCGUUAGAUAAGCGCAUUGAGAAGAAAAAUGGAAUGAUUGAGUUAAAAAAUUCCGAAAUUGUCGAAAUGAAACGCAUCAAUGCCAUCUUGGAAAACGAAAUUCUUGACUUACAGAUCGAUGGAAACCGGCUCGAAUCGCCACGUCGCCCCGACUCCACGAAGGUUAAGAAGAAUAUGGAUAUACAUGCGCUUGAAGACAUGAAGGAGAUAUUCCGAAAGACUGAGAGCAUCAAAAAGCAAAAAGCCACUCUAGAUGAAUUGGUCAACGCAACUGAAACUGAGAAAAACUGGUUACAGGCUCAACUCACAAAGCAGCGGCAGCAGUGGAAUGAGGACAAACUGAAGAUGAGAAUGCUGGAAGAGCGAGUUCGGCAGUAUGAGGAGGAAGAUAAGUGGAAGACACAGGGAGACGCUUUCCCAUCUGGACCAUCAACUCGUCGACGUAUGCCAAUGGAGGACAAGUGCCAUAUGCAAGCUCGGAAAAAGGAUUCAACAGCAGAACACAACUUGCCGUUAUGGGCUGGAACAGCAAACAGUGGGAUGAGCUCAACGAAAAUAGCUAACAAUUCUGAUGGACCAGAAGAGAAAGAUGACGAAUCUGAUUUCGACGAGCAAGAAUUGGAUCAUGAGUUCGCAGAAGACAUGUGUGAAGUUGACGAUAUUUGGAGCCGCUUGCGACUAGCCGAUACCGACGAAGAAGAAGAAGAAGAAAAUGAAGACGAAAAAGAAGACAGUGAUAGCAGCAUGAACGAAGAAGGAAUGAAAAUGGAUGAAGAUGAGGAAGAAGAGGAAGAUGAGGAAAACAAUGAAGUGAGAAUGAAGAAAAAGAAACGAGAAGAGCGAAAGAUGAAAGCAAGAAAAGAAACGAAAACUGGUCACUAG